AUGCUGGCACCACCUCGGCGCAUUUGUCUUCCUCUGGGAGGUCAACAGCAUGGAAGAAAAAUAUCUCCGGUUAACAAAUUGCAAGUCAUUGAACAUAUGGUUUCACCAAAAUAUGAAGCAUUACCUACCGAUCCUGUAAUUGAUCAUCUUGCAUCUUUCGAUAGUUUUUCCGAUCUGGAUCCAGAAUCUCGGAAGCAAUCAUCUGCUGAGGAGCAUCGGAAUCAGUUAUUACUACCAGAAUUAUUAGGUUCGUCUAGCACAUAUGAAUAA